GGCCCCGGGGCGGGUGCGGGCGACGCGGGCGGUGACCCGGCAGGUGGCAGAUCAGCCGGUUUCCGCGCGGCCCGGCCAUUCCCGCCGCCAGGGGGCGCCCCGCGCACCCCGCCCCUCACCUGUGCAGGGCGCGCACCUGGCGCCACCCCCGGAAGAGGGUUGGGGAGCACCGGGCCUGGGAGGGAGCCCGGCAGCGGCAGAUGCUGCAGGCGCCAUGAGCUCCCCGUCGGGGCUGCUGUCUGGGGGCGCCUCACCCAGCGGUGAUGAGGGCUUCUACCCCUUUGUGCUGGAGCGGCGGGACUCGUUCCUGGGUGGGGGCCCAGUGCCAGGGGAGCCUGAGGACCUGGCGCUGCAACUGCAGCAGAAGGAGAAAGACCUGCUGUUGGCAGCCGAGCUGGGCAAGAUGCUUCUGGAACGCAAUGAGGAGCUGCAGCGGCGGCUGGACACACUCAGCGCCCAGCACUCAGAGCGUGAGGAGCGGCUGCAGCAAGAGAACCAUGAGCUCCGCCGGGGGCUGGCGGCACGGGGAGCGGAGUGGGAGGCCAGGGCUGUGGAGCUGGAGGGGGACGUGGAGGCCCUUCGCGCUCAGCUGGGGGAGCAGCGCUCGGAGCAGCAGGACAGCGGGCGCGAGCGGGCACGGGCUCUCGGGGAACUCAGCGAACAGAACCUCAGGCUCAGCCAGCAGCUGGCGCAGGCCUCCCAGACGGAGCAGGAGCUGCACCGGGAGCUGGAGGGGCUCCGAGGGCAGUGCCAAGCCCAGGCCCUGGCUGGGGCAGAGCUGAGGACACGGCUGGAGAGUCUGCAGGGGGAGAAUCAGAUGCUGCAGAGCCGGAGACAGGACCUGGAGGCCCAGAUCCGAGGCCUACGAGAGGAGGUGGAGCAGGGCCAGGGCAGGCUGCGGGCCACCCAUGAGGAGCUGAUGCUGCUGAGGAGGCAGAGGAGGGAGCACAGCCUGGAGCUGGAGCGCGCGCGCGCGGAGGCCGGAGAGGCGCUGGGCGCGGCGCGGAGGCUGCAGCGGCGGGUGGCGGAGCUGGAGGAGGAGUCGCGCCUGCAGGAGGCCGACGUGUCGGGGGCAUCGCUGCAGUCCGAGCUCGCCCGCAGCCUGGACGGCGACGCCGACGGCCCCGCAGAGCCGCCCUCGCCGGCCCCCUCCCUCCCCGAUCACGCCGCCCCGGACGCCCUGGAGGUACCUGGCCACCCGCCUGCGCCCCCGGAGGAGAGCCUGGAGCCCCCCAAGAAGCGAGCCUCGCUGAGCCCCGCGGAGUUACUGGAGGAGAAGGAGGCGGAGGUGGCCCUGCUGCAGGACGAGGUCGCGCUGCAGCGGACGGAGCUGCUGUCGCUGCGGGAGGAGCUGCUGAGGCAGAAGCAGCUGCGCGCGCAGGAGGACCCCGAGGCGGCCCUGAGCUGCGCCCUCGCCGACCGGGACCAGGCCGUGAGCAGGGCCAUGGAGCUGUCGCUGGAGCUCAGCCGCGUGUCUCUGGAGCGGGACUCCCUGUCGCGGGAGCUGCUGCGCGCCAUCCGCCAGAAGGUGGCGCUGACGCAAGAGCUGGAGGCCUGGCAGGACGACAUGCAGGUGGUGAUCAGCCAGCAGGUGCGCUCGCAGAGACAGAAGGAGCUGAGCGCUGGAGCCGGUCCCCGCCGCCCCGCACCCCGUUUCUCGCUGCGCCUGAGCCCAGGCCCGGCCGGGGGCUUCCUCAGCAGCCUUUUCCGAAGGACCUGAGGGCCGUCCGCCGAGGCCCUCUAUCUUUCUUAUGGCAAAUGGGACGCAGACCUGGAUGUCUUCCAAAGGAGGGCAUCACCCUUCUGGGGUGGGAGACUCGUAUGGGAGCCGGCUUCGGGGUGGGGGCUCCAGGUGGGUGGCGGGGGCGGUGUCCGGUUCUCCAAUCUCAGAGGUCUAUCAUCCCUAAGCAGUGCAACCUGGCCGUGCGAGCUCCGGGGUGGGGGUGGGAGAAUAUAUUUAUGUAUCAAGAUCUGACAGAGUAAUAUAUAAAUCCUCACAAUCCCCA